UUGCAGCGUGAAGUUAUUUCGAUUCAUAUCGGUCAAGCUGGCGUUCAAAUAGGUAAUGCUUGUUGGGAAUUAUAUUGUCUUGAACAUGGAAUUCAGCCUGAUGGGCAAAUGCCAUCUGAUAAAACGAUCGGUUGUGGAGACGAUUCGUUUAAUACGUUUUUCUCUGAAACAGGAUCCGGAAGACAUGUUCCACGAGCAGUUAUGAUUGAUCUUGAGCCUACCGUUAUCGAUGAGAUUCGAACGGGUACGUAUCGUUCGUUAUUUCAUCCUGAACAAUUAAUUACUGGCAAAGAAGAUGCUGCAAAUAAUUAUGCCCGAGGACAUUAUACUAUUGGCAAAGAAAUAAUUGACCUUACCCUAGAUCGAAUUCGUAAAUUGUCCGAUAAUUGUUCCGGAUUACAAGGUUUUCUGGUAUUUCAUUCGUUUGGUGGUGGAACUGGUUCUGGUUUCACUUCUCUUUUAAUGGAGCGAUUAUCAGUUGAUUAUGGUAAAAAAGCAAAGUUGGAAUUUAGCGUUUAUCCUGCACCACAGGUUUCAACUGCUGUUGUUGAGCCAUAUAAUUCGAUCUUGACGACGCAUACAACUCUUGAACAUUCCGAUUGUUCUUUCAUGGUUGAUAAUGAAGCGAUUUAUGAUAUUUGUCGAAGGAAUCUUGAUAUCGAACGACCGUCGUACACGAAUUUAAAUCGACUUAUCGGUCAAAUCGUUUCAUCAAUAACUGCAUCGCUACGAUUUGAUGGUGCUCUUAAUGUUGAUCUUACCGAAUUUCAGACGAAUCUAGUACCAUAUCCUCGUAUUCAUUUUCCACUUGCAACAUACGCACCAGUUAUAUCAGCUGAAAAGGCUUAUCACGAGCAAUUAUCAGUUUCUGAAAUUACCAAUAUGUGUUUUGAACCAAAUAAUCAAAUGGUUAAGUGUGAUCCAAGGCAUGGCAAGUAUAUGGCGGUUUGUUUACUCUAUCGAGGUGAUGUGGUACCAAAAGAUGUUAAUGCUGCUAUUGCAACAAUCAAAACGAAACGAAGUAUUCAAUUUGUUGACUGGUGCCCGACUGGUUUUAAAGUUGGCAUCAAUUAUCAACCACCAACUGUUGUUCCAGGCGGUGAUCUUGCUAAGGUACCACGAGCCGUAUGUAUGCUAUCAAAUACAACUGCAAUAGCUGAAGCUUGGGCAAGACUUGAUCAUAAAUUCGAUCUGAUGUAUGCUAAACGAGCCUUUGUUCAUUGGUAUGUAGGUGAAGGUAUGGAAGAAGGAGAAUUUUCGGAAGCACGUGAAGACCUUGCCGCUCUCGAGAAAGAUUAUGAAGAGGUUGGUGUUGAUUCUGCCGAAGGUGAACAAGAAGAAGGUGACGAAUAUUAG